UCUUAAUUGCAUUUACUCAUAUAAGUCUGAUUCUAGUCAAGUGCUGUUAACAAAAAAAAAAACAGAGCAACGAGUUCAAUAAAAUUUUCAGUUAAAUUUUCAGUUAAAUUUUUCUCCAUCGGUAUUAAAUACUCUGUUACUCCUUGAGGUAGAUUUAACCCUAAGUUCACGAGCUAUUGUUGUUUUGCUUUUCCCCGGAGUUGAGUCUAUUGUUUGCUGUAAAGACACCUACAUAAUUGUACUUUUAGGGAGGUGAACCCCUAGUAUUUGAAAUACAUUAUUACAUCUUCUUUUUAUCAAAGACAGAGAUGAACCAGUCCAGUUUAAUCAAACAACUAAGAAUAGAUGGUCGGAAUCCAGAAUUCUGUAAGAAGAUUACUUAUAAAGAGUUUGAUAAAAUCAUUCAUUUACUUUAUAAUCGAUCAGAGCCAAUAGUAUAUUUUGAGACUAUUGAUUUGUUGGCUACUAUAUCGAAUAUUUUAUUGGUUAAUCGGGAAUUGCAUACUCUAUAUUUUACCAAAACUUACUCGAAUGAUAUUUUACAGUAUCUUGAUAGUUUGAUUCAAUCAAGAAUUGCUCUUGGAGCAAGACCCGAAAAAGAUUAUGAUUUCACUUCUCUUAUUCCAAUUUACAGAUUGAUUUUUUUAAUCUUGUACGAUGGUUUGAAUAACGUUAAUGAUGAUCUGGUUCACAAUAUAUAUUCUUUAUUGAUAAGGGGGUUUAAGUUUUGUGAUGGGUUAUUCACUAAUUUUAAAAGUCACGAACACUAUAAAAUGACUUUUAUCGAAAUUUUGAAAAGUUUAUAUACUUUGAAUCACAAAUAUAAAUACGGUGGUGAAUUAAUUAAAAAUGAACAUUUAUCCCUUAAUGUUAUCUUAACUAUUAAUGAAAUGUUUGAUUAUAAACCAAAUCCAACCACUCUUACGCAUACUGGUCGUUUAUUAAUAAAAAAUUUAUUAAAUUUCUUAUUGGGUCUAUUCACAGUUGAUAGUUCUAUACCAACUAUUUACUCCUUAGAUGUAAAUGUUGAUCAUUAUAAUAAGUUCUUCAAUAAUUUGUUAACCUUGUUAAAAUUUCAAUUACAAAAUUAUCUCCAUGAAUUUGAUCAUGCUUCGGAAUUUGAAUUAAGUGAUUUGAAUAAUUUAUUGGUUGUUAUUAAUUUCAUUCAUCAACAAGUAACUAAUCAAUUUUCCAAUAAUUCGAGCUAUUUAUUAAAUCUUCAUUUGAUUUUGAAAAAUGGCUUUUUCCCAAAUGAAAAUUCAUCUUAUAUCUACAAUAAAUUGAUUAACUUGAUCAAUUUAUCAAAUAAAUCUUCGAUUUCGACCUCAGAUUCGUUUUUCAAUUCAAAAAAUACCGAUUUAGAUAUCACCCAAUUAUCCUAUUCGAAAAAUAUCAUUCUUCAGCUUUUUUAUAAUCUAUCUUUCAAUGAUGAUAAGGAAAUCCAAUUGAUUGAUUUCUUAAACUUGAUGGGAUACCUCAAUUCAGAAGCGUUUAUCCGUAAUAAUGAAAUAUCUUUGCCUUCUCAAAUAGAUUUAGAAAAACAUUUAUAUCCAAGUUCUGAUUAUUUGGAUUCGUCAAAUGAUGCUGAUUCAAAUAUCUCAAAAGGUGAAAGUGCAAUUAGCUCAAUCUUUAAUCAACCAAGAUUUUCUAGAAAUAAUUCCUUCACGUCAAAUCAAUCAAUUCAACCAAAUGAUGAUUUAACAGAAACUGAAAAAGAAAUUGAAGCUGAAAAAUUGUUCAAUAUAUUUGAUAGAAUGGAAAAAAUUGGGGUUUUUCAGAAUUUUAAAAAUCCAGUUAGAGAAUGGCAGCAACUGGGUAGAUUCGAAAAUUUGCCUAAUGACGAUAACGAUGAUUAAAUUGUUGAACUUUCACUUAUUUCUCCCGUACUUAAUUAUUCUUUACUUUAUUCUUCCAUACUUAAUUCUUCCUUACUUAAUUCUUCCUUACUUAAUUCUUCCUUACUUAAUUCUUCC